AUGAACCGAUCUAAUAUUCAACUACUUGAUUUACCAGAUGAAAUUCUAUUAAUUAUUUUAAAGAAACUAGAUAAUGUUGAUAUUCUUUAUUCUUUGUUUGGCAUCAACAAUGAACGGCUUGCGAACAUCAUACAACAUGAUUCAUUUUCUAGUACUCUUGAUAUAAUGUCAAUGACUCAAAAUUCGACAAUAUUUGAUUCAAUACUCGAUCGACUCUGUACUGACAUAUUACCUCGAAUUUCAUUCAAUGUGAAAUGUCUUAAUCUUCAAUUAGAUUAUAUGGAACGUCUUCUUCUUGUCACUUCUUAUCCAAAUCUAACUAAAUUGAAACUCUUAAAUUUAGAAUUUGAUAAUUCAUUGAAAUAUUUCACAGAUGAUUCGCCAAUUGGACAGAUUUUGAAACAACAAAUUACACAGCUGGAUCUUUUCUACAAUAAAUCUGGAUAUCUGUCAGGAUCGUCAAAACUUUAUACAAAAACAGUAUAUGCACCUAUUUUAAGUCACUGCGAAAAAUUACAACAUCUAAAUGUUAUUUCGCCACCUGAUCUUACUUAUAUAAGCUUGUCUCUUUCUUUUUUACCAUCGAAUACAUUUUCUUCUUCUACACUUACAUAUCUCUGUAUUAUUGUGUCAACUUUUGAUGAUUUUGUUUAUUUACUUGAUGGUCGUCUUAGAAAUUUGAAUACAUUGAUUGUUGAAUUUCGUCUUAUGGAUACCGAUUCAUCAAUCACUCAUAAUUUAAACGAUUUGCCUAAUCUGAAAUGUUUUUCCUUAAUACAUUAUGGUACAUUUAAAGAAAAUUUCAAUGAAAUUUUAUCUCAUCUUCGUCGUAUGAUAAACCUCGAAAAAUUAACUUUACAUUUGAGUUUCCUCUUCGAAACUACAUUUAUUGAUCCAAUAUAUCUUCUCAAGCAGUUAACAAUGCAUAUACUACGACUAACUUCUUUCAAUUUUUAUCUUGGUAUACAGAUAGGAAAUCAGGAAAUAUUGGACUUUGUGCAAAAUGUAAAUCGUACAAUUGUAUAUCAUAUCUUUACGCUUCCUUUUCAAUUUACUCGUCUCUUAUAUGUUGGUAAUAUAUUUCCAAGUAUUACAUUCAACUAUGUUAUAGACUUAUAUCUAUAUGAUCAAGUUCCAUUUGAACAUGAAUUUUUUCUACGAAUAAGUAAAGCUUUUCCAAAACUUAAAAGACUUUGUAUGUUAAAUUCGAGACCAUGGUCAUAUGAAACGCAUAUAUCAUUUGAUAACGUUAUACAACCGUAUGAAAUUGUUGAAUAUCCACAUCUUAGUAUUCUUACUAUUACAGCUAGUAUAUUUUAUCUCGAACAAUUUUUAAAUGAAACCAUAACACGUUUACCGUCUUUGACGGAAUUAAAAGUUUUUUACGACGAGUUAAGAUAUAUUACACAAGACUUCACAAGACAAACAACACGACGCAAUUGUGCUAACGUUAAACGAUUGUGGAUCAAUAAAUUAAUCGCUGGUUCGAAAGACUACUGGAGUUAUUUUCCAUUAUUGUAA